GGGAUCAAUCAUUUCGGGGGCGGGGAGAGUCGAUCAGAGUGCGCAGCCGCGACGCUAUCGAGCGGGGCUGGGAACAGAUAGCGCCGCCAUCACACGUACUUAUUCUGCAUACAUUAAUUAGUUCUUGCACCGGCUGACACUCGGGCUCUAUGGACGAAGUGACCGGCGGAGGAGCCUGUCCGUCGACGAGAAUCGCGUUCGUGAGCUUACAGUGAGAGCAUGGAGAGUCGCGCGUGGGUGUGGUGGCUGGGAGUGGCGGCGCUGGCGAGCGCGCGCGAGCUGGACCCGGCCGCCUGCGUGGCGCGCUUCGACGUGCAGCGAGACAAGAUCAUCCGCACCGAGGAGUCCCGCGAGAUGGGCGCCCGCUACCUCUCCGAGCUUGACGUGGGCACGAGAGCGGAAUGCCUGCGACUCUGCUGUGAAACUGAAGCCUGCGACGUCUUCGUCUAUGAGGAAAAGGGUCCCGGCAGCUGCUACUUGUUCAAGUGUGGACCGCCCGAAGACUUCCGCUGCAAGUUCACGGCUCACAGUAACUUCAGUAGCGGAGUGCUGGCGCUGAGUCGCCGCCUGGCCGAGCUGCAGGACCAGGAGCAACGCGCCCACCACGAGCGGGAACUCGCCAACCUCAGGUAUCACUCAGAGCUACACGGAAUAAUCAUCACCUGUGCCAUCGCCUUACGGUGUACUUUGAAGAUACAGAGGAGUCACAUGUUGGGAACGCGCUACAGGAGCGGGCCGGGCACCGCCGCGAGCACCAGCACGACGCCCGCGCCGCCGCCCCCGCCCCCGCCCCGCACGAACUUACCUCUCCAGUCUCCGGCCCCCACGCCGGGUCGAUGCCGCUGGAACCAGUUCGAGUGUCGUCGCGGCGGGGAGUGCGUCGCGGUGUACAACGCGUGCGACGGCGUGCCGCAGUGCGCCGACGGCAGCGACGAGCCGCCCCAGCUGUCGUGUCCAUCCCCCCCAACCGCCCCCUCCGCCCUCCCCAUCACCACCGUGCCGACCACCACGCGGCACGCACCACCGAUGCAGGACAGCAUGGACCUGAGCGUGGGCAGCGACAGUCUCGUGGACGGAGACCGGUGGCCGCACCGGCUGACGCAGGCUCAGCCGCCACACAGAUACACGGGUACUGAGUCCGGUCCGAGCUCUCAUAUCUUCAGUCACAAGGGCGGGUUGCUUCAGGAGCCGAGCGGCGACGCCCAGUUCCCCGCCUUCGAGCCCCCCUGGCAGCGACGGCCUUGGGGAUCGCAAGCCGGUAGACGCAAACACCUACACUUACACAAUCAGAUAAUACACACAUUGUGCUCUAUAAGGAAGGUUUCUUGGAGUGGAAUAUCGAACCGAAGUCCAAUAUUUGCUUAACGAGCAGUUCGUCCAGUCGUUGGGCCGCCGCGCCAGUGGUAUACCAC